GUUCAUACGCGCUACGCCUCCUUUACCUGCUUUGACUGCUACAUGUCACAGCAAGAACGCCGACCCUGCGAGCCUCGCCUUAGGCGGCGUCGCCCACACCGAAAAUCCAGACAGGGCUGUAGCGAAUGCAAGGCACGACACAUCAAGUGUGACGAACGCCGCCCAUCCUGUGCCAAUUGUGUCAUUUCCGAGCGGCCGUGCUCAUAUCCUGUCCAUGAUCCUCCGGAUUCUGCGCCGAUUACUCGAAAUGUUAUCCGAACGGCUGGCAAUAUCGCGCCUGAAGUGUCGGAAGUGAGUGAUUGUUUCAAUGCUAUCCAUCUAGCCUGCCUCCACCACGCUGAGACGCAAAUGGAAAAGUACAUGGCGCUCUCCGAAAGCGCGCAGCCCAUUAUCGAGCUGGCUAUAGCAUGUACCGACACUGCACCCUUCCUGCUCGAUCAAGUGCUAGCACUAUCCGCGCUUCAUCUCUCUACAGAAGUAAACACAAAAAAAGAAGCAUACCACCGCCAAGCAACCUAUUUACAAAAUCGUGCUUUGCAAUUGUUCAACCAGUCAAAGGUGGAAGUCUCGGACUCGAAUCGCCUGCCGAUGUUCCUGUUUGGUUCUCUUCUUGGUAUCCAUGUACUCAAGGAGACGCUUGCUGGCCACUCAGGCACCAUUUCAGCAUUUAUCGAGAAAUUCAUCCACUAUCUACAUCUACACAGAGGAAUUCGUGCAUUCAUAUGCGAUCAAUCUUGGAACCAAAUCCUCCAGUCGGAUCUCAAAUCGCUAUUGUAUUUGUCGCGUCUUAGCCAACGCAUGGAAGAUCAGGCACCCGGAGCGGAAACCAUCAAACUCCGAACGCUGUUCGACAGCUAUAAUGCCAGGGACGAUGUCAUCAUUGCGUGCCAAAGUGCAUUGCAAUGGAUACAAUGGAUGCUUGAUGUUUGCAAGCAAGAUCCGUCCGAAGAGCUUAUAGGGAUCCAUGCCAUUCUGGCAUGGCCGAUAGUGAUUCCCGAGGAGUAUAUUGACGCUCUAUGGAAGCAUCGUCCUGAGGCUUUCGCAGUUUUAGUUUUCUACGCCGCUGCUUUACAGCGUCAUCAAAGAUUCUGGGUCUUUGGCGAUUCUGGAACGUCCCUACUCAGCCUUUUAUCAAGCAGUAUUGGUUCUUUCUGGCUGGGACAUCUCGAUCUGUAGAUGUAGGGUACUACGGGAUAUUCUUGUUCGUUGAAAAC